AUGACCACCCUCUCUCCCACUCUCGACUUGAACACCGGCGCCAAGAUCCCCGUCGUUGGAUUGGGCACCUGGCAGGCUGGCAAGGGCGAGGUGGGCGCUGCCGUGAAGGCUGCCAUCAAGGCCGGCUACCGUCACUUCGACUGCGCCGAGAUUUACGGCAACGAGGCCGAGAUCGGCGAGGCGUUCAAGAGCGCAUUCGAUGAGGGCCUCGUCAAGCGUGAGGAGCUCUUCAUCACGAGCAAGGUGUUCAACAACCACCACCAGCCGGAGCGUGCGGUCAAGGCCAUCCACAACACCCUCAAGAACCUCCAGAUCCCUUACCUCGACCUCUCCUUGAUCCACUGGCCGAUCAAGUUCGAGGAGGAGCAGAUCGCGCAGCCGCUCCGCACGCCCGAGGGCAAGCUCAACCCGGCCAUCACGUGGUCGUUCGACUUCAAGGAGACCUGGAAGACCCUGGAGGAGCUCCAGAAGCAGGGCCUGGCCAAGUCGAUCGGCGUGAGCAACUUCACCGUGAAGCAGCUCGAGGAGCUCCUGGCCGACGCGCAGGUCGUGCCGGCCGUGAACCAGGUCGAGUUCCACCCGUACCUCUUCCAGGCCGAGCUCCUCAACUACUGCACCUCAAAGGGCAUCGUGCUGACGGCCUACAGCCCGCUCGGCUCGACCGUCAGCUCGGAGGGCGUGGUGCCGCUCCUCGAGAACGAGGUCGUGAAGGACAUCGCCGCCGAAGUCGGUCGGUCGGCGGCUCAGGUCGUCCUUCGAUGGGGCGUCCAGAAGCACAUCACCGUGAUCCCCAAGAGCUCGAACGAGGAGAGGCUCCGCGCCAACUUCGCCAUCUUCGACUUUGAGCUCAGCCCCGAGCAGGUCGCCCGCCUGGACAGCCUCCCGCAGCACCGCUUCAUCCGCCUCGUCCCCGGCCACUUCGAGUGA